AUGACGAAUCAAACAUUGCACGGGCUCUGCCCGGAGCCCUUUUACCAAGAGUCUUUCUUCCCGUCCACCGGUGGAUUUACCCGAGGACGAUAUUGUGCGCAGCUCCCUUUAGCAGACGGUAAUGUUUCCUGUUGUAUUCCCUGUCCAUUGUCGGACUGGAUGUAUGGAGAGGACAUUACUACAAAGGCGCAAGCUGCGAGUUGGCUGAGUGUGGGAGUCUUGCCUCUCUGCAUUUUCCUCCUGGUGUCUUAUGCGGUUCUUCCGGCAAAAUGGACGCACCGCCAUUACCUGAGCAUCUGCUUUACGAUGGGAAUUUGCUUUAUGGAGGUCUGCUGGGAAGUGAUCCUCGGCAACAAGUUCAUGUGGGGGGCUUUCAUCUGCGGUUGGGGUAUUCCUGGUAUCGGCAUAACGGUCAUGCUCAUCUUGACCGGGGUAUCCUUCCGCUUUGGCGAUAUGUGCCAUAUCAACAUCCAGUACGGGACCAAGGAUUACUGGGCGCCGGUCACGGCUUUCGCCGGAGCAUCUCUGGUCUUGCAGCUCGCUACAAUGGCUUACUGUAUCCAUGUCUACGUGAAGUCCAUCUUUGACACCGCCGAUUCCAGCACCAACAGUUCCCACCUGCCGUCGUAUACAUCCAGUGUCCGCACCGUCACGGCGCGCCAAGCAUACCGUCGCAUUCGACGAGUCCUGAAGUUGCAAUGGAGAGGGGUUGCCUUGGUUCUGAUCAUCAUUGGCAACGUCAUCUUCUUCGCGGUGGUUUUCAUCAAAGUCAACAAUAAGACGAACCUGACGCCGGAGAACCUGCAACGAGCCCAGCCAUGGCUUCUCUGCUUAGUUUCCACGAAGGGUGACGUCAAGAAAUGUCAAAACCUAGCCCACGCCAUUGGCCCGAAUGAGGACACGAUUCUGGCCCUACUGAUUCUCUUGUCCUUGGUUGGAUUCUGGAACUUUAUUCUGUUCGCACGUCCGGGGAUGUUCCUCGGCUGGGCCGAGUUCUUCAAGAUCAAAUUUGGGCAGAACCAUGAAUUCGUCUCCGCAGAUGCUCGUGCUAAAACCCCGGACACACGGACGUAUGAGAUGUUGGAGAGCUCCGGUCUCAAAUCGCCAGAACCAAUCGUACGGGCUCCCAGCGCUGCGCGGACCAUGAGCCCCGAGGGGGAACACUACGGACGAGAAGCGCGGUACGUGCGGCCUUCGAUGAGUUUCUCGUCGCCUCGGCCGCCCAGCGCAUCACAAGGACGCGAUUGGGAUCCCCAGUCCACGUUUGCCCAGUCCUCGCAUCAGCACACUCUCUCCAAGUGA